AUGACCUCCUCAGACACGCAAUCCACCCCCUCCCAAACCGCAGCAGCCAUGAAACCCUCCCCAGCCCGCACCACGCAUCUCCUCUCCGCCCUCACCUCCAUAAACUCCCGCAUCGCGCACACCACAACGACGCACUCGAUCCGCAAACCCAUCCGCCUUGUCGCCGUCUCCAAACUCAAACCUCUGACCGAUAUCAUCGCCCUUGCCUCGCCCCCCGCAGUCAACAACCCAGAAGACCGCAGACCACACCUCCACUUCGGCGAGAACUACGUGCAAGAACUGCUCGAAAAAUCGCGCCUCCUCCCCUCCGAUCUCCAGGGUAAGAUCCGCUGGCAUUUUAUCGGUGGUCUGCAGAGCAACAAGGCGCAGACCCUGGCGCGGGAGGUGCGCGGUCUCUGGGCGGUAGAGAGCGUGGACAGUGUCAAGAAGGCGAAUCUGCUGGACAAGGGACGCGGGGAGCGGAUCGAUAGUUGUACAUCUAAGGACCAAGAAGGAGGAGGAGGAGGAGGUGGUGGGUCGGGAGGAACGGAGGAGGACGGGCAACUCAACGUCUUUGUCCAGGUGAACACGAGCGGCGAGGAAAGCAAAAGCGGCGUCGAGCCCAAGAGUCCGGAAUUACUAGAGCUGUGCCGGCACAUACGGGAUCAGUGUCAGCAUCUCAGAUUACGGGGCCUGAUGACCAUUGGAGCGAUUGCGCGAUCCCAGGCUACGACGGCGGAGACGGAGAAUGAGGAUUUCCAGUGCCUGAAGGAUACCCGGGACUGGGUAGCGAGGGAGCUAGGGUUAGGGGAGGGGCAGCAGCUGGAGCUCUCGAUGGGGAUGAGUGAAGAUUUCGAGGCGGCUAUCAGGAUGGGUAGUGAUGAGGUGAGGGUAGGGAGUACGAUAUUUGGGCAGAGACCGCCGAAAGCGGAGGCGAGGGUGCUGCCAGAUAAGGACGACGAGGGGAACAAAUGA